CUUCAGCUUUCUGAAACUGGGAAAACAAACAGAAAACAGCAAAAGCUUCCAUGGAGUGCGCCGGGAAGGGGAGAGGAACUCGGUGCUUAGGCCCGCCCAGAAAACGAUGCGGUCGCUGCGGAGCCGUUGCUUAUUGCUCUGCAUCUCAUCAGAUUUCGCACUGGAAGGAACAUAGAGAAGAGUGCGAUAGGCUGGAGCAGCAAAUGAAACGCUUAGAUUUGGUGAAUGAUUUUCCUUUCACGUUUUCUCAAGAAGCUACACUUCAGAUUAAUGAAAAGCAGGAGAGCAGGUGCUCCUUCUUGAGCAAGAGGGGCAUUCAUCAAGUGGGAAUGUGGAUUUGUGAAUGCUGUUGCGGGGCAUCCAUUACAUCCUUCAAUUAUUCCAGGCCCGAAAAUAAUACCUGGAAUUUCUCAAGUAUCCUGUGCCCAUGUCGUGGGCCUUCAUCUCCAAUAGGAAAAUCUUUGUGCACUUGGAAGGAUUACUACGAAUGGAGGUGCAUACCACUACAUUCACCUGUUGCUUUGCUUCUUCACUGGCCCCUUACAGUGUAUCAUGCCAUUCAAAUUGCUGGAUUAGGAAGCUUGACCUUUGAAGUUAGUAAACUGCGCAUUCACUAUCUCGGGCCUGAGAAAGAGCUCCUUCAACUUGCUGUCUUUGGAGAGUUGCGUGCACUCUUUCCUGGGGUUCAUGUCCAUAUUGAGCUUAUUGGACCUGCAGUACCGCAGCAUAGGGAUGGUGAUAAGAUUGAUCUGUACAGCUAUGCUCAUUGCAUUGAGAAAGAUUGCAGCUGCAAAUCUGAAAAUGAGAGCACCAGCUGUGGUAUAGGCACUUGUAUAUCUUCUGCAGUCACACUGCAGCUCCAUAGAGGAUUCUAUCAUGAUCGUUUCGGAGAUAUAUCUGAGAAUUCCUUCCCCCAUCUAGUUAUUGCUCCGAAUGCUGGCAUUGCAGCUUAUACAAGUUGGUUACCAACUAUAGAGCUACUGAAGGAGAUAAAUGUCCCUGCGGUAUUUUCUGAUUAUUGUGAAGAAGCUUGUCAUCUUGCAGCUUGCUGCAUAAACACUGUGACAAGCCAACCUCUCAGACUUCCUAUUCAGUUAAAUCCAUUUAGGCAGCCAAUGGUGGUGGAAGACAGCACCUUGAUUCUUCCUUGCUAUUCAAACUGCUUCCUUUUUGCUAUGUGAAGUGAUUUGCUUUUAUUAUACAUUUAUUCAAUAGAUUUCAUUUUCUUAAAGCAAAUAUUUGCUGCUCUUACAUCAAAGGAGAAUGUAACCAAGGUACUCUUCCCCAUAUAGUUUCAAACAUAUUGUGGAGCUGUAUUUGUUUAAUUUGAUUAUUUGUAUUGAUGCUUUCAGUUAUAUCCAUUUAGGUAGCAAUGGAGGUGGAAGCAGCACCUUGAUUGUUCCUUGCUAUUCAAACUGCUUCCUAUUUGCUGUAGGAAAUGAUCUGCUCUCAUUAUACAUUUGUUCAAUCGAUUUCAUUUUCUUCAAGCAAAUAUUUUCAGGUCUUAA